AUGUAUAAUUUUUAUAUCAAUAUUACUGAAGAAAAUGUACGCGAAUGGAUAACAAGAACAUCCAUAAAGCAUGUUAUUAAGAAAUAUUUUUGGAAAGUAUUGGGAAUACUUACAGUACUAAUUGACUCUUACUAUUUAUAUUUAUUGGUACCAAAACUAAAUUUAUUUCAAAAUGGAGUUUGUUAUAAUUUGUCAAAUCAUGAAGUACCAAUGAGCAUUUGUGAUAUCUUCAAACUUAGUCUAUGCAUAUUAUUCUUACAUUUUUACUUAAAAUAUUAUAUGUAUCGACGUGAAUGGCUAAGUUAUAAAUGGCUAGAGAAUUUCAUAAUUGUUGGAUCAUACAUUGGAGUUUUCAUAAUAGUUUUAAUUUUGAGUUGUACAGUCUUAAUUAUAAUACCAAACACUACAUUUGAAAAAUUAGUAUUUGUUAUUUUGAUAGUUUUAAGUUAUUUUGCUUAUUACACAGCUUGCACAACAGAUUGGUUUGAUAAGUACAUAUAUUCAGAGUGUCAUACCUACACUUCUACCGUUAAUCACAUUGUAUUUAAAGAUAAAAAAUAUUUAAUAGUAACUAACUUAGCAAUACGCUGGCGUCUUAGAAAAACAAAGGAAAUUACUCAAAAAAAAAAAAAAAUUGUUCAACUAGCUCCACAAGAUCCGAGAUUAAACAGCCAUCAGUUAGUGAGUAAAGGCUUAAAUAAUAAUCAUCAUCGAUUCACAUCCUUGAAGACAUCUCAGUCCCUAGAUUGUGAAGGUGAAUAUCUUCAAUCCACUAGGAUUGUCCGCUCAGAUACUUCUUAUAAUCAACCAGAUACUUUUGCUUGGGGAAUGUCUGAUCUGAAUGAAUACUCUAACAAAUUUCGCCAUUACAAGCUUAUUCCGUUGUAAACUGACAACUAUGUGAACGCUCAAUACUAUUUUACCUGUUUUCUGUUUGCUAACACUAAGUUAAGCAGUAUUAUUUCUUGUUGAUAGUUCAAUUGUAUUAUGUAGU